UAAGUUUAUAAAUUAAUAUUAUUUAUUCAAGUUCGAAAUGCGCAUGCCUAGUAUUCGUAUCCGGAAGAAGACAGAGGGACCAUUUCAAAUGGUGUUUUCAUUUUGACAGCUAGGGGUCGACAGAUGCGAUAUUCACAAUGACUUCGUAUGGUCUCCUAGACGAUGCUGCAAGCCCUAAUCUGCCGAUUCUUUCACCUGAACCAGAUCGGCCGUCACUGCAUCAGGGCAGUUCCCUGGAGAAGAAAUCAGACUUCAACAUUCUAGAGAAAUUGAAGCAUUUGAGAGAUGAAAAGAAAUUUUGCGACGUGGUCCUGGAGGUGCGAGGUGUGAAAUUUGUUGCUCAUAAAAAUGUCUUGGCAUCUUGGAGCCCAAAGUUCGCUGCAAAAUUGUUCAGUGAUAAUCCAAAUGUUUAUAAAGACUACAUUCUUGUGUGCUAUGACAACAGUGAAGUGUUUUCGGACUUGUUAGACUUCAUGUACAAUGGAUAUGUUGCUCCGAGAGAAACUAACUUCCUCCAGCUGCUUCACUUAGCCGUGAGCUUCCAAAUUGAAACGCUGAAAAAUUAUUGUGAAGAGUUCCUUCGGUGCAACUUACACUUGGGUAAUUUUGUCAGCACAUAUUUCUUAAGUCGCAAAUUCAAACUGGACACAUUAGAAGAAUACAUUGUGGGCUUUUUGCAGUUAAAUCUUUCAGAUACGGUCAAACAGCCAGAGUUUCUGUCUCUGAAGGCUGAAAAAUUCAACACUUUCCUGUCCGAAGGAUGUAUGAAGAAGAUCAAGCCAGAAAUCAAACUUUUCCUCAUUAUCAGUUGGGUUGGUUAUGAUGUUCAGGAAAGGGAAAAAUACCUUGUGGUUCUACUUGGUCACAUCAACUGGUGCACUGUUGCCAAUGACUUCCUUCUUGAAAUCAACCGCACUGAAAACUUUUUCACCUCUCACGAGUCAAGCCUCUACUUGCUGCUACAGACCUUGUACAGUGCUGGAAUUCCUUUAGGGCCCUACAAAAAUGUGUUCCCUAGGUUACGGGAUACUCAUUCAGCCAUUCUUAAAGAAGUUGUUCAUACUAGCCUUUUAAAGCUUGACACAGAAACCUUCUGCCCAGUUACAAUUACUGUUAAAGAAAGGCCACAUCAUAGGGAUGCAUGUGUCAGUACUAAUGUAAGAUCGCUGCCUUGUGUUUUUAGAGAUGCUGCAAUAAACACAAAUGUAAACAGUCUGCAUUUCCAGGAGUCUGAAUAUCAUGGUUCCGAGGAAAAUCAGACAUUUACAAACAGAAAUCAAGAAGUACCUGUCUACACACAAGAAGCCAAAUAUGAUCAGUUUGAAACUCUAGGAGAAUUCAUUGAAGCGGAAAUCCAUGAAAUUAAACUGAGAGAGUCGCAGGCAAAAAUGUCCUUUGAAAAUCACCAAGAGACACAAAAACCGAGUCUAAUCUCCACAGUAGAAGCCAGCAAACCAAAACAGCCUCUCAAAAAACAUAGAUCAGUUAGUCAGGAUCAUGCUUUUUUUAAACGGGUUAAAAUGGACGAAAUUAGUGGACAAUUCAAUAUGGAAACAAGAAAAAGUCAAAGAACAAUUGUAAAAGAGAAACAAUCUAUAUUAGUUGAUAAUUUUGAAGUACUUCAUGAGCAAGACACUAAUCCCAAAGAUAAUUAUGACAUUAAUAGUGACCAAACUCACCUAACUCAUUUUAAUGCUGAAGUAAGUGAGGCUGAGAAUAAAGAAGAUGCACUAGAUGAAGAAAUUCAGGAUAAUACUGGAAAUAAAGUCAAACCAAAUCAAACAGUGGCGAAAAAUAACUCAAGGGAGUGCAAGAAAGAGGUUUCUGAAAAAGAGGUUAAACAGCUGAUAUGCCAGUAUGAAAACUGCGCUUAUAUCACCAAGUACGCACAGAGAAUGGAGAAGCAUAUCAAGACAGUGCAUGAAACCACGUUUGAGCUGCAAUGCAACCUGUGUCAAUUUGAAACGAAAGAAGUGAGAAAGUACAACGCGCACAUGAAAACCCAUUUUCCAGGACCGCCAUUCAAGUGCGACUAUCCGCGAUGUACGUACAGCCACGAGAAGAUCCAGACCAUGCUUAUUCACAGACUCGUACAUACAGAUGAUAGGCCCUUCACCUGUGACUGUGGAAUGAGGUUCAGAACCAAUAACACGCUCAUUGCUCACAAGAAAACACAUUUAGGUGUGAAGGCAUACAAAUGCCCGGAGUGUGAUGUCUCGUUUGCCACACGGAAUACUCUGAACCAACACAUGGUCACCCAUAGCGAUGUGCGCCCCUACCUUUGUGACCUGUGUGGGUUUUCAACCAAGUUUCAGUCGCACCUGAUUGCACAUAAACGUAUACAUACUGGGGAGGUGUUCACCUGUACGGUGAUGAACUGCAAAUAUUCCUCACCUAAGCGCAGUCAGUUGAAGUCUCACCUGCGAUCACAUUACGGCAUACGGUCCAACAUCUGCGAAAUCUGCAGCAAGAGCUUCAUAGAACGCAGCCAUCUCCUGCGCCACCAAAAACUCCACACAAACGAGCGAAUAAACUGUGAGCAGUGCGACUAUUCAACAACCAGAAAGGAUAAGCUGAAGGAACACAUGAGGAAACAUCACAGUGGGGAAGAGGCAUCCCCGCCUAAAGCUAAGAAGAGCAAGUCCGGUACCAUGUCUAAAAAUAAAAACAUGAAAAAGGUCCAGCCGAAUCUGACUGCUUUAGCGAUCAGCUCCUCAGUUACUAUGGAUACUAGCGCUCCAAUCACUGUAAAGUGGGACCAUGCAGGAUAUUCCGUAUCACAUGAUUAUACGGACCCAUCAACUCACGGGGACGGGUUACUGCCGGAGGACGCCGCAUUUGGGGUGCUUCGUGACUCAUUGUCGAACAACGAACCCAUACAGCCCAUGUUGAGGAUCGAUCAGAUAAAUACUCAUAUGAAUAUAUCCAAGACUUCCCUGGACUCUGGGGUUAUUGUUAGUCAGAAUGGCAUACUGACGGGAAGUAUGGAUGGAACAAUAAUGAAUUCUUCUAUGCCAGUUCUGAACAUUUUGACGAAUGUGGAUCCUAUGUCGGUCAGUCAGGCUGUCCACUCCAGAAUGGACACAGCUGACCAUGCGCAUGCUUACUCAAUAAUCAAUUCCACUGCCCCUGUGAAUAUGCAGCAACAGGAGUUUACAGGGCUUAAUGCAUUUAUGCCUUUUAUCUAAACUAGGAGUUCUACCAUUACAAAAUUAAGGAAUUGUGGAAAUAGAAUAUCAAAUGACAUAAUUAUUUAAUAUCAUGAGACUGAAACAUUGUAUAAGAUUAAUUUCAUAUCAUGUCAACAGAAUUAUUGUGAUAAGUUUAAAAUAAAUGUCUUUAGUUUA